AUGUUGCUUCUCCUGGUGUUCCUGGUGAAGAAAAUAGUGACUCUGAGCUGUCCUGCAAGUGAUGCUUUCCUUGUCCCACAUGAGUGGUACCAACCUGGUGACCUUGUCAUUGGUGGCAUAGUGUCCCACAUCUUUUACAACCUUAAUGGAAUUAAUUUUAAUGAACAUCCUUGUAUAACAUCUUAUGACUUACCAAGUGUAAUAACUAAGUUCUACCAGCACAUUCUUGCCUUGGCCUUUGCUGUGAAGGAGGUCAAUGAGGACUCCCAGAUCUUACCUAAUGUCACUCUUGGGUUCCACAUCUAUGACAGUUACUACAAUUCAAGGAUGACCUAUCGUACCACUCUGGACCUGCUUUUCAAAUCCCAGGAAUUUGUCCCUAAUUACAAAUGUGAUAGCCAGAAGAAUCUCAUGGCUAUCAUUGGGGGAUUGGAUUUUGUCACAUCAUCUUAUAUAGCUGAAAUUAUAGGAUUCUUCAAGAUUCCACAACUGACAUAUGGCUCAUUAGCCCAAAAGGAAUUGCCGACCAGUAAAUUCUCCUCACUUUAUUUCAUGGUCCCCAAAGAGGACCAUCAGUACAUUGGAAUUAUCCAACUGCUUCACCAUUUCAGGUGGACGUGGAUUGGGAUAUUUUCUGUUGAUAACAACAAUGGAGAAAAUUUCUUACAGAAAAUGCAGCCUUUACUUUCAGAGAACGGAAUCUGCUCAUCAUUUAUAGAAAGGCUUGCUCAACAACUCCACUUGGAAGGCUUCCCAGAACUUUAUCAAACAAUCUCAAUUAUUUCCAUUAAUAUGUUGAAUAGCAAAGCCAAUGCAUUUCUUGUUUAUGGAGAGUCCUGGACAAUUAUAUGGCUAAGAAUUGUAACAUUUAUAGUAGAUCCUGAAAGCAAGGAAACUGCAUUAUUUAGAAAGGUGUGGAUCAUGACUGCACAGAUUGAUUUUGUACUAGCAGGCAUUCAGAUCACAUGGGAUCUCCAGAUGUUCCAUGGGGCCAUUUCCUUCACUGUUCACUCAACAUCAGUUGUAGGCUUUAAGGAAUUUCUUCAGACCAUAAAUCCUCUUUCAGAUGACAGAGAUGGGUUUCAACAUGAUGUUUGGGAACAAUCAUUUGAUUGUUCAUUUUCAAAACUAGAGUUACAAGAAAUGCAGAGUAGGAAAUGCAAUGGGAAAAUGAAGCUGGAGGAUCUUCCUGCACCUGUAUUUGAAAUGGAAAUGACUGGACAAAGCUACAGUAUCUAUAAUGCUGUUUAUGCUGUGGCUCAUGCUUUGCAGGCUCUAUACUUGUUGGGGUUCCCUAGGAAGAAAACUAUGAUGGGUAAAAAACAUGAUCUUCCAAAUCUGCAGUCUUGGCAGGUUCUUCCACUUUCUCAAUGCAAUGACCCUUGUCUCCCUGGAUCCUGGAAGAAAGGGAUUGAGGGGGAUCAGUUCUGCUGUUAUGACUGUGUUCCAUGUUCAGAAGGGAAGAUUUCAAAUCAAAAUGAUAUGGAUGACUGUUUUGAAUGUUCAGAAGAUCAUUAUCCAAAUAAAGAAAAGAAUGGAUGUAUCCUGAAACUACUGGUCUUUCUAACAUUUGAAGAAACCUUAGGAAUUGGUUUAGCCUCAGCAGCUCUUUGUUUCUUCUUCUUGACAUCUUGGGUACUUGGAACAUUUAUUAAACACAGGGAGACUCCCAUUGUCAAAGCCAACAACCGGUUUCUCACCUAUAUACUACUUGUCUCUCUUCAGCUCUGUUUUCUCUCCUCUUUUUUCUUCCUCAGCCAGCCUGGCAAAGUGACUUGCCUUCUCCGACAAUCAACUUUUGGUAUCACCUUCUCUGUGGCCAUUUCUAGUGUAUUGGCCAAAACCAUCACUGUAGUUGUUGCUUUCAUGGCAACUAAACCAGGAUCUCAGAUGAGGAGAUGGGUGGGGAAAAGAUUGGCUUUUUGUACUGUCCUUUCCUGUUCUCUCUUCCAAGUAUUGAUUUGUAUUAUUUGGUUGUCGACAUCUCCCCCAUUCCCUGAGUUGAAUAUGUACUCAGAAUUCCAAGAAAUGAUUUUACAGUGCAAUGAUGGGUCAGCUUUCUUCUUUUAUUGUAUCUUGGGCUACAUGGGUAUCUUGGCCAUUGCCAGCUUUAUUAUGGCUUUUCUUGCCCGUAAAUUACCUGAUAGUUUUAAUGAAGCCAAGUUCAUCACCUUCAGCAUAUUGGCCUUCUGCAGUGUGUGGGUCUCCUUCUUUCCAGCCUAUCUGAGCACAAAAGGAAAAACCCUGGUAGCUGUAGAGGUCUUCUCCAUCUUGUCCUCCGGUGCUGCAUUACUGGGAUGCAUAUUUUUGCCAAAAUGCUACAUCAUUGUUUUCCGGCCUGAUCUCAACCACAGGGAGCAACUGACCAAGAGAAAGUAGUACC